AUGCGACGCCCCGCGUCUCCAGCCGCCAGGAGCUCCCCGGCGCCGCGGGCAGCGUCGGCCUCCCGAGCAGCUGUGACUGCACCUGGGCAGCCUGGACCCUCGUGCCCUGCUGCCGGGGCCUCGCGCGGGGGGCGCCCCGGGACACCCGCCGCGGGCCGGUUGGAGGAGGAGGAAGAGGAGGAGGAAGAGGAAGACGCGGGUCCGGACCGCCACCCUUUCCAGUACACCUGGCCGCUCCGCUUCCACUUGUUUUGUGGGAAGGAGCGGAGAGCCAUGGGGGGCUGCGAGGUCCGGGAAUUUCUUUGGCAGUUUGGCUUCUUUUUGCCCCUGAUGACCGCCUGGCCCGGCUACUGUAGUCACGUCUCCAACAACCAAGUUGUGCUGCUUGAUACGACUGCUGUGCUGGGGGAGCUUGGCUGGAAGACCUACCCGUUCAAUGGGUGGGAUGCCAUCACUGAAAUGGAUGAACACAACAGGCCCAUUCAUACAUACCAGGUGUGCAAUGUCAUGGAACCAAACCAAAACAAUUGGCUUCGUACAAACUGGAUCUCUCGUGAUGCAGCUCAAAAGAUUUAUGUGGAAAUGAAGUUUACACUGCGGGAUUGUAACAGCAUCCCAUGGGUCUUGGGAACUUGCAAAGAGACAUUUAACUUGCAUUAUGUGGAAUCAGAUGAGUCCCAUGGAGUUAAAUUCAAGCCAAGCCAGUAUACAAAGAUUGACACGAUUGCAGCUGAUGAAAGUUUUACUCAGAUGGAUUUGGGUGACCGCAUCCUCAAACUCAACACUGAAAUUCGGGAAGUGGGCCCAAUAGAAAGAAAAGGAUUCUAUCUCGCUUUUCAAGACAUUGGAGCGUGCAUUGCCCUGGUCUCAGUCCGUGUUUUCUAUAAAAAAUGCCCUUUCACUGUUCGAAACUUGGCCAUGUUUCCUGAUACUAUACCAAGGGUUGAUUCUUCCUCUUUGGUUGAAGUGAGGGGGUCUUGUGUGAAGAGCGCCGAGGAGCGUGACACUCCUAAAUUAUACUGUGGAGCUGAUGGGGACUGGCUCGUUCCACUUGGAAGGUGCAUCUGCAGCACAGGAUACGAAGAAAUUGAGGGUUCCUGUCACGCUUGCAGACCAGGAUUCUAUAAAGCAUUUGCUGGAAACACAAAGUGCUCUAAGUGUCCUCCACACAGUCUGAGCUACAAGGAAGCCACUUCUGUGUGUCAGUGUGAGAAGGGUUACUUCAGAGCUGAAAAAGACCCCCCUUCCAUGGCGUGCACCAGACCACCGUCAGCUCCUAGGAAUGUGGUUUUUAACAUCAAUGAAACAGCCCUCAUUUUGGAAUGGAGCCCCCCAAGUGACACUGGAGGAAGGAAAGAUGUAACAUACAGCGUCGUCUGUAAGAAAUGUGGCUUAGACCCUCAGCAAUGUGAGGACUGUGGUGGAGGCCUGCGCUUUAUCCCAAGACGCACGGGCCUGCUCAACAGUUCUGUGAUAGUGCUUGACUUCGUGUCUCACGUCAAUUACACCUUCGAAAUUGAAGCCACGAAUGGAGUCUCUGAGUUGAGUUUUUCUCCCAAGCCAUUCACAGCUAUUACGGUGACCACAGAUCAAGACGCACCUUCUCUGAUAGGUGUAGUAAGGAAGGACUGGGCAUCCCAGAACAGCAUUGCCCUCUCAUGGCAAGCGCCCGCCUUCUCCAACGGAGCCAUUCUGGACUACGAGAUCAAGUACUAUGAGAAAGAGCACGAGCAGCUCACCUACUCCUCCACGAGGUCCAAGGCCCCCAGUGUCAUCGUCACGGGUCUCAAGCCAGCCACCACAUACAUAUUCCACAUCCGAGUGAGGACCGCAACAGGAUACAGUGGCUACAGUCAGAAGUUUGAAUUUGAAACAGGAGAUGAAACUCAUUGGGACACUGAAUUUCAAAGUCAGUUCCAGAGGCAGCAAACCACAUUCCAGCCAUUGCAGCCUUCUAAGGCUCUGGCGCAGGACUCCGCACCCUGCUGCAAUCAGGCCUUCGUGGGAUUCGGCUGCGCUCUAGAGAACGAGGUCGCAUCAGCGAGGGCUACGUCAGGGGAGGACAGUGGUGAGAACGACGAGCUUAGCACGGCAAAUACGAGGUUUCGGAAUGCCGAUGCGUGUAAGGCCGCAUAUCUCUCCUUGACAGUUCAUAUUCGGUCUCUGGACUUUCCAGACAUGAUGAAUUACGGCCUUAGAGGUCGAGCUGAUAAUCCGCGAUGCAAGCCGGACACCAAGAGCGAGCGGCGUGCCAAGGAGGAGCCGCUGUGCUGCUUCACCGCGGCGCCAGCGUCCUGCAGCUCCUCGGUGAGAGCAGGACGACACACUCAGCUGUGUGGCGUGGGACUGUGUCUCUUGCUUCAUGAGGGCGCAGCUCUUCAGGCUUCAGGAUGCUGUCAGUUAAAUGAAGAGAAUCUCCAGCCUUUGUCCUUGACGCCUGGGGAGGACUCUUGUCCUGCAACAUGCCCCGGCAGAGGCAUCGUAUCUCGAGACACAGCGAGCACGCAGCUCAGAUCUUCUUCUCCAGCUUCUCAUGCCAUCGUGGUGGGCCCACACUCAGAACCUCGUAGAAUCUUUUACCUACCAAAGGCCCUACCUCCAGUUCCCUUAAGGUGUCGCUGGUAUAUAAAGGCCAAAAUGAAGUCGGAAGAGAAGAGGAGAAACCACUUACAGAACGGGCAUUUACGCUUCCCAGGAAUUAAAACUUACAUUGACCCGGACACCUAUGAAGACCCAGCCCUAGCGGUCCACGAAUUUGCGAAAGAGAUUGAUCCUUCUAGAAUUCGCAUUGAAAGAGUCAUUGGAGCAGGAGAAUUUGGAGAAGUCUGUAGUGGACGCUUGAAGACACCAGGGAAAAGAGAAAUCCCAGUUGCCAUUAAAACUUUGAAAGGUGGCCACAUGGAUCGGCAAAGAAGAGAUUUUCUACGAGAAGCAAGCAUCAUGGGCCAGUUUGACCACCCAAACAUCAUCCGCCUAGAAGGUGUUGUCACAAAAAGAUCCUUCCCGACCAUUGGGGUGGAGACGUUUUGUCCCAGCUUCCUGAGGACAGGGUUUUUAAAUAGUAUCCAGGCCCCGCAUCCAGUGCCAGGGGGAGGAUCUUUGCCCCCCAGGAUUCCUGCAGGCAGGCCAGUCAUGAUUGUGGUGGAAUAUAUGGAGAAUGGAUCACUGGACUCCUUUUUGCGGAAACACGAUGGCCACUUCACCGUCAUCCAGUUGGUCGGCAUGCUCCGAGGCAUUGCAUCAGGCAUGAAGUACCUCUCGGAUAUGGGUUAUGUUCAUCGCGACCUAGCAGCUAGGAACAUAUUGGUGAACAGCAACUUAGUAUGCAAAGUUUCGGAUUUUGGUCUCUCUCGAGUGCUGGAAGAUGACCCAGAGGCUGCUUAUACAACAACUGGUGGAAAAAUCCCCAUAAGGUGGACAGCACCAGAAGCCAUCGCCUACCGAAAAUUCUCCUCAGCAAGUGAUGCCUGGAGCUACGGCAUCGUCAUGUGGGAAGUCAUGUCCUACGGAGAGAGGCCGUACUGGGAGAUGUCCAACCAGGACGUCAUUCUGUCCAUUGAAGAAGGUUACAGACUUCCAGCUCCCAUGGGCUGCCCGGCAUCUCUCCACCAACUGAUGCUCCACUGCUGGCAGAAGGAGAGAAAUCACAGACCCAAAUUUACUGACAUUGUCGGCUUCCUCGACAAACUGAUCCGCAACCCCAGUGCCCUUCACACCCUGGUAGAGGAUAUCCUUGUAAUGCCUGAAUCCCCUGGUGAAGUUUCUGAAUAUCCUUUGUUUGUCACAGUUGGUGACUGGCUGGAUUCUAUAAAGAUGGGACAAUAUAAAAGUAAUUUCAUGGCAGCAGGGUUUACAACUUUUGACCUGAUUUCAAGAAUGAGCAUUGAUGAUGUUAGGAGAAUUGGAGUUAUACUUAUUGGACACCAGAGACGAAUAGUCAGCAGCAUACAGACUUUACGUUUACAUAUGAUGCACAUACAGGAGAAAGGAUUUCAUGUAUGA